GCCAAGACCAACGAGCAAAAUAAUCGCUAUGAUAGCUUUGAGACGCGCCAUUUUGAUGAAGGCAAACCCUGUGGUGAGCCUCCAUGUACAUCGCAUGUUCAGCGGUCGCGCAUGCUCAUACAAAAAAGACCCCUGUUGGUGAAGGGUAUGUCUGUUGUAAUAUUUUUCCGAGUGCGGGUAAGAUUGAACGGUUGUCCCAUACACGCCUUCAGUCAUAUGCUAAUUUGCAUUUUUGUCACGCAAUAUACCUCCUGUAUCGAUCCCUUUCUUUGCAUAAACAAAUAAAGGGUGAACCAUUACCUUAUUGAUAGGGGGCGGGGGGAGGACAAGGACACCGAGAUUAAAAAAGAAUUUUACAGGGCUGGAAGGAUAAUAUAUAUUAUACAUACAACGAAGUGCCAGAGUGGUGUCCUCAUCGAUUAACGGUUACAAUCAAAGAUAUAGGUAAAACAGAACCGUAAAUACUAGGCGUGGCGCGUGGCUCGUUGCGCUGUUUAUAAUUUGUAAACCUGUAAUGUCUACCCUGGACAAUAGAAAUGAACUAAUCUCAGGUUGCAGGCACUCAAGGAAAUUUCUACUAAAAACUGUCCUAACUUGGUUAGUUCCUGUCGCAAAUUUGACAUGUCGUAAGCAUCACUUAAGUACGACGCGCCACGCACCUACGCCACGCCUGGCAUUUAUUGUUUUGUUUUACCUGAUGAUUCGCCUCGCAAGAGGCAUGACUCACUUAGUAGCAAUAAAUGUUCAAGAUAUAAUCCAGUCCCAUCAGUCUACUUCUAUUAUAUACAUACAUAUAUACAACUUUAUCUAGAAGCCAAAAUUAAUGCAGCCCCCACCCCCAUCAAUAAUCGAACGGUCCACGCCCAAGAACACGUAAAGUGCCACAUUGCUUGUAAUUAAAUUGAUUCAUUACCAGACAAAAAUCCUAACUCCUAUUAUAUGCCAGGGGCACCCAACGACGGUUUCCUCCUAAAUGCAUUGAGAACACUUUUUAGGCUAUCCAGGGUACUUUUAGAUCUCCAGAAAUGUAUUCCAAGUGGCGCUAAAAAGACUUUUAUCUGUUGGGUCAUACUAGGGCAACCGUGAGUCUUUUUUCCCGAAAAUUUUAGCUGCAAUUUAAAAUUUUACGAAAGUGAGGAUUUUUCUGAUUCCUUUCUGUAUCGCAUUUUCGGUUCCGAGAAUUUUAGGUUUCCUUUCUCUACCAAAAACAGCUUAACCUGGGGUGUGAAAUAGGAAAAAUUAAACUUCAGAAAAUCGUAGGGAAUUUAUUAGAUUAGCUUCAAAAAUUGUACAUGCGUGGAACGGUCAUCUAAUAAAUUUAUAGUCUUCCUCAAGCUACAGAAAAUUCUGGGCAAUUUUGCUUCUCCGAACAGAUAUUUCACAGAAAUGGAUAUCGGCAUUCUGUGCGGCCAGUUGGAUUACCCCAGUCCUUCCCUAGGUUCGCACGAUGUAUCGGACAUACAAACAUUUUUUCACUUUGUUGGGCAGUUUUACCAAAAUACCCAGCCCGCUGCAAAGUAAGUUCAGGGGCACCCAAUGAAAAUUUUCGGAAGAAUAUCUGCUCGGAAGACGAUUUGAGAUCUAGAAUUUUCGAAACAUUUGUUGUAAAAUUUCUUGCUUGCCUGCCUCUCCUAGGAUUUUCGAACAUCCAAAAAAUGGUAUAUUUGCCUAUUUUUAACGGAUUUUUUUUAUCAGAACCUUACAAAAUUUGGCAACCUCGGAUAAAACCGGUAGAUAUCUGUGUCACGUGACCACUCAUUGUCGAGUCCAGGAAAGAAAAGAAAACUAAAAAUGGGGUGGCGAAAUGCCACACAGUAUAUAUUAAAUACAGUAUUUAUGUUAUUGUAUCAUCAUUUCUCGCUUGAAUUUGGCCGGAAUGGUUGACUCACGUUUUUAUUUAAGUGGCUGUCCACUUAAGAGCGGUCCGGCGAGUUUGGGAUCGCCAGUAAACCUUCCCUUUGUUUUUUGUGGGUGAAAAGGACUUAAUGAGGAAUGAUUAAAAUCGAACUAAUUUUUUUCAAAAUCCUUUUCUGGGCUUCGCUACAGCACAAAACUUUUUUCCUGUCUGAGGGCGCUUUUUCAACCUUAUUCCAUGGCCGAAAUUCGGUGAUUUUAAAAGCCGCGCUUCUUCGUAACGGAUAAAUAUCGCGAAAUUCUACAUAGUACAAUGGAUUUAGCUGCAGUUGGCUUGUCCUAUGACGGAAUAUGGAAUAACUUGACGCAAAAUUAAAUUAAAUUAAUAAAAUCAAACACAAGCCCCUUUGCGUUUUUUUUUUUCCCUCUUGACAAAUUCUUCCAAAGUAAAAGCUAAAAUCUCCAAAGCGGUACAAAAAUCACAGGUAAAAUGCACUUCACAGCAAACAUCUUACCUUAUUCUGUCAGAAAAUAAAGUCAAAGGUGCGGGUAUCGUUCUGGGUUGGACGUGAUCAAACGUUUUUAAGAGCCUCUUUUCGGCAUUAUUUGCAUAGAUUUGCCCGCUUAACGGUUCACACACAACGACUUUAAUUUAGUAGAUAUUUUCUCAGUAGCUGAGAAUGUUGUUGUGUAUCCUCAAAAUUACCAACAUGUGUUUUCUUUUCACUAGCCUUUUUAAGUUGGUAUAAAUGAAAGCCGAAAAAAAUGCCAUAAACUGACAUUCUUGAUCAACCCGUCGGAUAUGCAAAUCGUGCUCGUUUUAUAGACAGGUUGUCCAUUUCAGCGUGUUAAAAUCUCAAACUACGUAUGGUUAUUAACUUCUUCUCAAAUGUAAUCAAUCUUCAGCUUGGAAACUCAGCAACUGGAUACCCUUUUUAAAAUAGAAAUUUAUCUCAUAUUCCAUUUGAGUUUCUUUUUCCGUUUCGAGCAUUUGACAUGAUUUGAAUUUGAAUUCCCACAUCCGUGUUUAUCCCUCAUUUAUGCUCAACACGUCGGAUUCUCUCACCUCGGGUGACUUUUCUCGUGUAGCUCUUGAGAAAUUAUUAUGAAUCACUUUAAGUUUGGUGAAGGGAACAGGGGUCUUUUUUGCAUGAGCAUGCGCGACCGCUGACUUGUCAAAGAGCACGCGACUAGUGACAGCGACCGUGCUUAAUAGUCAUAGGAACCAAAUUGUUCACUUUGAAAGCUUGCUUGAGAUUGAAAUGGUAGCAGGAACUUAGGAAAGACCUUCGUUGUACAAAA